AUGUUCCGAAAAGUUCCACCCCAAAGACCUCGCGUCGAGUUCAACGGCACUCAGGUCCAUCCGGGACACAAUUUGACGACGAUGCACGGCGAAGUGGCCGUCGUGAAAUGCGUCUCUCACUAUGGAAAUCCGCCGCCGGUCCUCAAGUGGUUUUUAGACCAACAAGAAAUAACACCGUCUCGUAGACAAACGAAUACAACAGAGUUAGAUAACCCGAGGACCUGGUUGGCUUUAUCCGUUCUGGAGCUAACGAUAUCCAAAGAAAAUCAUGGAAGGAUGCUUCGCUGCGUAGCCGUUCACGAAUCCUAUUCUACAAAGUCAAGCAGCAUAGAAGUGCGCCUAGAUGUCAUGUAUGUCCCGACCACCCGUCUUGUGGGAAUACCUACAAUGGACGUAGAGGACCUGAAAGAUUCCGUGGCUAUCCGCUGCGUGGUGAGCGCCAACCCCAAAGCGAACGUUGUGUGGAGACGCGAAGGUCAAGCACAGCCUGCAAGCCUGCAAGAGCUUUUGCAAUUUAGUCCUGCGAUUCGCCAGCACUCCGGUCUUUACACGUGUAACGCACGUAACAAAGCAGGGGAUUCGCAGCCAAUUAGGGUCCAAGUGGACGUUAAAUGUAAGUAG